AGCAUCUGAAGCCGCGCUCAAUCACACGAUCAUUCACCUGAACGUCACAUGCAUCUGAUCCAGUUAAAGCCCAUUUCCCGACUAUAAAAGACCGAGCCUGACGCAUCAUAACGCAUUUGCGCGUAAACACUGUCAACUGCGCGAUAAUGAUGAAGCCUAGACGCCUGUAAACCGAAGUGUGUUUAUGAUGUGAAGGGACCUCCUGCGUCUCCUCCCCUCCCUCCUCCUCCUCCUGCUCUCCCGCUCCUUGUUUCCACUCCUCAUUUCGCGUUCACCCACGAGAAGAGAUGCGAGCGUCCAGCAUCAUGUCCUCAGACGUCCAGCUGCGCGACCAAACGGACAGCAGGGACCCCGCGGGCGCCAGGAGCGACUGAGAGCAGGUGUCACAAGUCAUACAUCCUGCCCAUAGCGAACUGACCAGCUGUACCGGAGUGUGGACACCAUGGAUACAAUAAACUUCACCUUCUGGAACACCUCUGAGGGCAACGAGACCCUGGAGACGGUGGACGAGAGCCCGUAUAAGACAGUGGAGGUGGUGUUCAUUGUACUGGUGGCUGGCUCACUAAGCUUGGUGACCGUUAUCGGGAACAUCUUGGUCAUGCUGUCCAUCAAGGUAAACAGGAGCCUGCAGACUGUCAACAACUACUUCCUGUUCAGCCUGGCCUGUGCUGACCUCAUCAUUGGCCUUUGCUCUAUGAACCUGUACACAGUCUACAUUGUGAUUGGAUACUGGCCGCUAGGCCCGGUCGUGUGUGACUUGUGGUUGGCGUUGGACUACGUGGUCAGCAACGCCUCCGUCAUGAACCUGCUGAUCAUCAGCUUCGAUCGUUACUUUUGCGUCACCAAGCCGCUCAGCUACCCAGUGAAGAGGACGACCAAAAUGGCAGGCAUGAUGAUUGCGGCGGCAUGGGUUUUGUCCUUCAUCCUCUGGGCUCCGGCCAUCCUGUUCUGGCAGUUUAUCGUUGGCGGCCGCACGGUGCCAGAGAAGGAGUGCUACAUUCAGUUCUUCUCCAACGCCGCGGUCACUUUCGGCACAGCCAUAGCUGCUUUCUACCUGCCUGUCAUUAUCAUGAUGGUGCUGUACUGGCAGAUAUCCCGCGCCAGCAAGAGCCGCGUCAAGAAGGACAACCGCAAGCCAUCGGGCGGCAACCUCGAUGUAGCCUCGUCCAAUCAGAUCCGGGAAAACACAGCCAACAAACCCACCAACAACAACCUAACAGGUGAAGAAACAGACCGAGGACAGACCCAGCUAACAGAUGACGCCGCCAACCAACACGAUGCCAAACUCCAGAACGGCAAAGCGCCAUCCACGGCGAGUGGAGAAGCAGAGGCGGAAGAUGGAGGACGAGGAAACUGCGUUCCUGCGGAGGAGAAAGAAAGCUCCAAUGACUCCACCUCUGGCAGCGGAGCUGUAACCAAUCAAAAGGACGAGGCGGCGCCAUCCAAAGCCAAUGACAACCAGGCUCCCACAAGGCACCGCGCCAAAGCAGGAGGCUCCAAACUGACAUGCAUCAAGAUCAUCACCAAAUCGCCAAAAGGCGACUGCUGCGCACCUUCGAACGCGACGGUGGAGAUCGUCCCAGCCACCGAGAGACAGAACCACGUGGCGAGGAAGAUCGUGAAGAUGACCAAGCAGCCGCCCAAAAAGAAAAAAGCACCAUCCUCUCGGGAAAAGAAGGUGACACGCACCAUCAUGGCCAUCCUGGUGGCGUUCGUGGCUACGUGGACACCAUACAACGUGAUGGUCCUCAUCAACACCUUCUGCUCCAGCUGCAUUCCCAGCACCGUGUGGACCAUCGGAUACUGGCUCUGCUACAUCAACAGCACGAUCAACCCCGCUUGCUACGCCCUCUGCAACAUCACCUUCAAAAAGACCUUCAAACAUCUGCUGCUCUGCCAGUACAAGAACAUACGCUCGGCCCGAUGAGCAGUAAUGUGUGUGCAUGCGUUAUAUUUUACAUGUGUGUUCUGGUCACAAAGGUACAUGUGUGGAUGUGUUUGUAUGUGUGGAAAGACACAGUAAAUCCAGUUCAGUUAUUUGCAAAAACAGAUUACUCAUUUCCUUAAAUCAUGUUUUCUAUUCCGUUAUCAUGUUUUUAUUGUGUUUUAAUGUGUGUAUUUUUAGCUAUUAUUAUUUAAUCAAAACAACCCAAGUUAUCUGUUUUUGCAAAUGAACUCUUCAGUUACAAACUGAAGAUUGACCCAUCAACACCCAUCAUAUACAAAGUUUUAGGAAUCAGUCAUCCUUGUAGUGUGGCGAAUUUGACACUGUCAGCUACAAGGACUCUAUUUUAACACAUUUCACCAUGUUAAAAAUCACAGAUUUCCCUUAAAAUAAGUGUAAAAAUGUGCGUCUGGGCGGAUGUGUGAUUUCAUUUAUUGUUUUUAUAUAUAUAGAUAGAGAAUCUGUUGUAGCACUUUACACAUGCAUAGAGGUGAUGCAUGUCACAAAAGACGAAAAAGAAGUGCUAAAAUAUUUGAUUUAUAGACAAAAAUGUUAAAAGUACAAAAAAAAAUACCCCAAUACGAGCAUAUAGAUGGUCAGAUUGGAGUCUGUACUAUUCAAUAAUACACAUAUAUGGGGACAACAGGGCUGACUGAAGAUCCAAACCAAACGCGUUUGAGCUUCAGUAUAAAAUCACACCUGUAUAUACGUGUAUAUAAUCAUGUACUGUAUCCAUGUCGUGUGUGUGGUUGCAUGCUGGAUGACUGUGCGUAUGUAAGUUUGUAGCACAAGUCAACAUGAAACCUGUUUACUUCUGUAACCCGAGUGAAAUUCAUCCAUAUAUUGUGAUUUUAUUUAGACUGCAAAGACAAUUUUAAUACUGUGCACCAUUGAAUCUUGUAAAAUAAGACCAGAAACAUGCAUUCAGGAAGUAAACAGGCUCAUCUUGACUUUAAAGCUUUAUUAAACACAAGCACGUUCAAUGACAGAAUGACAGGUAGCUGGUUGCAGGGUUUGUGUGUGUUUGUCGCAUGUGUGUGCUCUCCGAGAGCAAUAAGAGGGUUGAAGAGGCUCUCCGAUGUGCCCGUAUGUUAAAGUGGAUGAGCUUUGAGUGCUCGGGGUCUCCAGGGAUGCAAAUCUAAACCUUUUAAAGUGAACAGAUGCGCAGGAUAAAGAGGCUCUCACAGGCACGCAGCCAUUAGCAUCCACCUCACCUCUGCUUUGCAUUUACACAAAACAGUUCACUCAAGCUUGGGCAAAAAAAGGAAAAUACCAGCUACGUGAACACUAAUUCAGCAGACACUCAAAACCGGCUUGUGAAACUGAAAAAAAUCCUUAUUAAAAG